GCAAAAGGCUGCUCUGAUCUUCCAAAUCUCAGAUCAUGUCUAGGUAGGAAUGCUUGGCUCCUCCCUCUGGGAGCAAUUUUAUCAGUUCCACAGUGAGACUCAGUGGCUCGUUAACAGAAGAAAUCUCCUAGAGGGAGGAUGGGUCCUGGAAGAGAUCAAGAACACUGCCCCACCUGGAUUUAACAGCUGGCCUGUUAAUGAAGGAUAUCCUCCUGCAGUUAUGAGGGAUGGGUCAUGGAAGAGAUAAAGAACACUGCCCCACCUGGAUUUAAGAGCUGGUAAUAGAAUACAUACCUCUGGUUACAUCUUAUAUUGCAACCUAAGGCACACACGGCAAUGAAUUUGAUAGCAGUGAUAAUAUUGCAAAUCAACAGUUUCAGAUUUGUGGUUCUGGGACUCCAUUAACCUUUGGGUCAUUUUAACAAAAUGUACAUGACUUUCAAUUAAGAGCAGUUAAAACCAGUAAGCAGCAAACAUUUACAUUGUGUGAUUUAAAUCUGAAAUCUCUCAAAUCUGGAAUUGCAGACUGGUGUGUAAAGGAAACUGCUAGGCAGAGUCUUGUCAGAUUAAAACUUCCAAAACUGGAUCUUUCUUGCCUUAUGUGUCAUCCUGCUGGGAAAUUAAAUGCAGUAGUCUAAAUUGGGCUAUUUUUGUAGGUCAUUUGGUGGGGCAAAUAGGGCAUGUCAGUAAAGAUUGUGUCAGUGGUUUUUGUUUUGAUAAUCGUUACUGAGGGCACAGCUGAAGGAAUUUGGAGAAGAGCAGUGAUGUUAUGAGCAUCUUCAUUGUCACUUCCUCUUUUUCCUUUCUGGAAAAAUACAAAGUGCACCACUUGAGAUUCAGAAGCUGGUUAAUUUGAUGUUUAGUCAGAAAACAAUUUUGUGCAGUUAAUGUUUGUUGUUGAAUUUUUGAUGAUACAUCAGAGAUACCAAGGCAGGUUUUCUUUAAGAGUGGUAGGAAAAGUCAGGAGCUUGAUCUCUUUACUACCUUCGACUGCAUACUUCAAAAUGGGCUCAUAUUAAUAAAACUUCCUUACAGGAAAUAAUUCAGGCAUGAAAGAACAGUUUCAUAUGAAACUGGACAGCUUCAUAAUUUAUAAAUACAAUAAUAAAUUGAAUUACAGGGGUAUAUGCUAAUCUUAUCCUUGAACCAUGUGAGGUAAAAUAUUUACCUGUUUUUGUGGCAUGUUUUAAAGAUAAUCAAGGAAAGUGUUAGUAUGGAUUUAUAUCUGGAAUUGUUCUUUACAUUUUCUUAUCCAUUCACUUCUUACUCUAUGAAAUGUAGUCUGUGUAUUACAACUUAACUGACAUUGUCUGUAACACUGCUUCUAUGAUAAUUUAAAUAUUAAAACAGGCUAUUCCUUCUCGAGUUAUUCUGUGAAUGGUGUCUCCAAACUCAGUAGUAAUAUUUGUUUAUAUUAUAAAACUGGCUUCAUAUAAAAUGAAAGUCAAUUACAACUUCCAAUUAUUAUGACUUGUUAAUUUUGUUUUCAUAUACUAUAGGAUAUGUUUUGGAGUUGCAGACAGAGUAUCUUUGCUGAAAUGAAGAAGAAAUUUUCACAGGCAGAGUGUGCUGCUGAGGAGCCGCGGGUGCUGUGUAUAAUCCAGGACACCACCAACGCCAGGACGGUGAACGAGCGCGUCACCCUGAACCUGCCGGCCUCCACCCCCCUGCGACAGCUCUUCCAGGACGUGGCUGCCAAAGUGGGCUACGAGAAUGGCUCCUUCGAGCUGCUCUGGGGCAACGGGGACAGUGCCACUGACACGACUCCAAUAGAUCAGAACAGUGACAAAACCAUUCUUGAUGCUGGUUUUGAGCCAGGGAAGAAGAACUUCCUGCAUUUGGCAGACAAGGAUGGUGAGCAGCCUCACGUAAUGCAGGAGGAGACAGGUACAGCAGAGGAUGGUGCACAGGAGAGGUUUAUAGGCCCCCUUCCCAGAGAAGGCUCCAUGGCAUGUACCAAUGACUAUGUCACUCAAAGCUACUCUUACUCUUCAGUCCUGAGCAAAUCAGAGACAGGUUAUGUGGGGCUGGUAAAUCAAGCAAUGACUUGCUACUUGAACAGCCUUCUGCAAACACUUUUCAUGACUCCUGAAUUUAGAAAUGCAUUGUAUAAGUGGGAAUUUGAGGAAUCUGAAGAGGAUCCUGAGAGGAGUAUCCCCUACCAGCUUCAAAGACUGUUUGUUUUACUGCAAACCAGCAAAAAAAGGGCAAUUGAAACCACAGAUGUCACUCGGAGUUUUGGAUGGGACAGCAGUGAAGCGUGGCAGCAGCAUGAUGUGCAGGAGCUUUGUAGGGUCAUGUUUGAUGCUUUGGAGCAGAAAUGGAAGCAAACGGAGCAGGCUGAUCUCAUAAACCAGCUGUACCAAGGCAAACUGAAGGACUAUGUGAGGUGCCUGGAGUGUGGCUAUGAAGGCUGGAGAAUCGACACGUACCUGGAUAUCCCUCUGGUCAUCCGGCCCUAUGGCUCCAGCCAGGCCUUUGCUAGCGUGGAAGAAGCCCUGCAUGCUUUCAUUCAGCCUGAGAUCCUCGAUGGCCCAAAUCAGUACUUUUGUGAGCGAUGUAAGAAGAAAUGUGAUGCACGGAAGGGUCUGCGGUUCUUGCACUUUCCAUACCUGCUGACAUUACAGCUGAAGAGAUUUGACUUUGAUUACACCACAAUGCACAGAAUUAAACUCAAUGAUCGCAUGACUUUUCCAGAGGAGUUGGACAUGAGUGUCUUUAUUGAUGUUGAAGAUGAGAAGUCUCCUCAGACCGAGAGUUGCACUGAUAGCGGAGCUGAAAACGAAGGCAGUUGUCACAGUGAUCAGAUGAGCAAUGAUUUUUCUAAUGAUGAUGGAGUUGAUGAAGGAAUCUGCCUUGAAAGCAAUAGUGCAGCAGAGAGGAUCUCUAAAGCUGGCAGUGAGAAGAGUUCUUUACUGUAUGAGCUCUUUUCUGUCAUGGUUCAUUCUGGAAGUGCUGCUGGUGGCCAUUAUUAUGCCUGUAUAAAAUCUUUUAGUGAUGAUCAGUGGUACAGCUUUAAUGAUCAGCAUGUUAGCAAGAUAACUCAGGAAGAUAUUAAGAAAACAUAUGGAGGAUCUUCUGGAAGCAGAGGCUAUUAUUCCAGUGCUUUUGCUAGCUCCACAAAUGCUUACAUGCUGAUAUACAGACUGAAAGAUCCAACAAGAAAUGCAAAGUUUCUUGAGGCACAUGAAUAUCCAGAGCACAUUAAACAAUUGGUACAGAAAGAGAGAGAAUUAGAAGAACAAGAAAAGAGGCAGCGUGAGAUUGAACGCAACACGUGCAAGAUUAAAUUAUUUUGCAUGCAUCCUACAAAGCAAAUAAUGAUGGAGAACAAAUUGGAAGUUCAUAAGGACAGAACACUGAAGGAAGCUGUGGAAAUAGCUUACAAGCUGAUGGAUUUGGAGGAGGCUGUUCCCUUGGACUGCUGCCGCCUUGUCAAGUACGAUGAGUUCCAUGACUACCUGGAGCGCUCCUACGAAGGGGAGGAGGACACGCCCAUGGGUUUGUUACUCGGAGGGGUCAAGUCGACAUACAUGUUCGACUUACUGCUGGAAACAAGGAGGCCUGACCAGAUUUUCCAGUGCUAUAAACCUGGGGAGGUCAUGGUAAAGGUUCACAUAGUUGACCUGAAGACUGAAUCUGUUGCUCCUCCAAUAAGUGUGCGAGCCUAUUUGAACCAGACAGUUUCAGAGUUUAAACAGCUAAUUUCAAAGGCCACACACCUGCCUGCCGAGACCAUGAGGGUGGUGUUGGAGCGCUGCUACAAUGACCUGCGGCUGCUCAACGUGUCCAGCAAAACACUGAAAGCUGAAGGCUUCUUUAGGAGCAACAAGGUGUUUGUGGAAAGCUCCGAGUCUCUGGACCGCCAUGUGACGUACACAGACUCUCAGCUGUGGAGGCUUUUGGAUCGCCAUGCAAACACCAUCAGGCUCUAUGUCUCCUUGCCAGAGCAAGCUCCUGGCUCUCAGCUCAGGAGGGCUCUUUAUCAGAAGUCUGCUGGGGCUGCGGGCAACUUGGAGGAACCUUGUGAAAGAGUAAAAGGACCUGUAGGCAAUAUGAAAUCCGUAGAGGCAAUUUUGGAAGAAAGCACUGAAAAACUUAAAAGCUUAUCCCUGCAGCAACAGCAGCAGCAGGAGGGAGAUAAUGGAGACAGCAGCAAAAGCACAGAAGCCAGUGAUUUUGAAAACAUUGAGUCACCUUUAAAUGAAAUAGACUCUUCAGCAUCAGCAGAAAACAGAGAACUUGACAACCAGAUUCAGAUUUCUGACCCGGAGAACCUGCAGUCGGAGGAGCGGUCGGACUCGGACGUCAAUAACGACAGGAGCACGAGUUCCGUGGACAGUGACAUCCUCAGCUCCAGCCACAGCAGUGACACUCUGUGCAACGUGGACAAUGCCCCCCUCCCCCUGGCCAAUGGGCUGGAUUCUCACAGCAUCACCAGCAGCAGGCGAUCAAAAGCCAACCAGGGCAAGAAGGAAACCUGGGACACAGCAGAAGAGGAUUCUGGAACAGACAGUGAAUAUGAUGAAAGUGGCAAGAGCAGAGGAGAAGCACAGUAUAUGUACUUUAAAUCAGAGCCCUACACUGCAGAGGAGGGUUCAGGAGAAGGGCAAAAAUGGCUGAUGGUGCAUGUUGAUAAGAGAAUUACACUGUCUGCCUUCAAGCAACACUUGGAGCCUUUUGUUGGAGUUCCAUCUUCUCACUUCAAAGUCUUUAGAGUCUAUGCCAGCAAUCAAGAGUUUGAGAGUGUUCGGCUGAAUGAGACCCUUUCAUCAUUUUCUGAUGACAAUAAGAUAACUAUUAGACUUGGGAGAGCCCUUAAAAAGGGUGAAUACAGAGUUAAAGUCUAUCAACUCUUGGUAAAUGAGCCUGAGCCAUGCAAGUUUCUUCUAGAUGCAGUUUUUGCUAAAGGAAUGACUGUCCGACAGUCCAAAGAGGAGCUGCUUCCUCAGCUUCGAGAACAAUGUGGCCUAGACCUGACAAUUGACAGGUUUCGCCUACGAAAGAAAACCUGGAAGAAUCCAGGCACUGUAUUUCUGGAUUAUCAUAUCUAUGAAGAAGAUAUCAAUAUUUCCAGCAACUGGGAGGUCUUCUUAGAAAUACUUGAUGGAGUAGAAAAGAUGAAAUCCAUGUCACAACUUGCUGUUUUAUCAAGACGAUGGAGGCCGUCAGAGAUGAAAUUAGAUUCUUUCCAGGAAGUAGUACUAGAAAGCAGCAGUGUUGAAGAAUUAAAAGAGAAGCUAAGUGAAAUAAGUGGAAUACCCUUAGAAAACAUCGAAUUUGCAAAGGGGAGAGGAACUUUUCCAUGUGACAUUUCCAUACUAGAGAUUCAUCAAGACUUGGACUGGAAUCCGAAAGUAUCUACACUGAAUGUCUGGCCCCUGUACAUUUGUGAUGAUGGUGCAGUAAUAUUUUAUAGGGAUAAAACUGAAGAAUUAAUGGAAUUAACAGAUGAGCAAAGAAAUGAACUGAUGAAAAAAGAAAGCAGCAGACUCCAGAAAACUGGACACCGGGUAACCUACUCUCCCCGUAAAGAAAAAGCACUAAAAAUUUAUCUGGAUGGAGCACCAAAUAAAGAUUUGACUCAAGACUGAUACUCGCUGUAGCAUUUUCCCUGGGGAAUUUUUUUUGUUUCCAAUGCAAAGGUUCACUCCGGCCGUGUAGUGCCAUUAGGCAGGACAUUCAUUAGGUGUAACGCUGACAGCAGCACGGGCGGGCGGCGCCGGCCGCGCGGGGCCCGGGCACCGCCGGACUGGAAUCAUGUUGUGCACUAGAGUCACAUGUACUGUAAAGCUCCAAGGGAUGUGCAAAUAAACGAUUAGAGCUCAAACCUGGGUGGGGAGGGAAACGAGUGCAAAUUGUUGAGGACAGUGUGCACAUAGUAGCUAGUGAAACUAGCUUCCAACAGGAUACUCAUAGCUUAAUAAUAAAAGCUGUGCAAAGGCCAUGAAAGAAUCCUUUUCUCUGUUUGUUUCACUGAUACACGCAUUACCUCAUCAGAGAGUAAAUGUUCACACGUUGGUUCUAGGAGAGCAGCGGGAAGGGCUGGGCGGGGGAGUGCUGCACGUGUCAGGAUUUCAAGUAUUCUUCCAUAAAGCAGGGGUCUGAGAGGUGUCUGCAGGAAGCUGCUGGCAGGCAGCUGUUGUUGUUUGGGAAGUGCUGUUGUAAGGUAAAGUGGUUUUUAAUAGGAUACCGAUGAGCAGCUCUAGUGUAUUGCGUUCGAUGUGUAAAUAAAAUCUGCCCUAUCCAUUUACCAGAACUGCAGUUCAGCUAUUUACCAUGCUAUUUCUUUACACAUAUCGACAUGCAUUGUGUACAUUUGGAAGUAUAGUUGCCUAUUUAAAUUUGUAUUCAUUUUAUGUUUGAUGAUGCUGGGUACUUUAGGGUUGUACUUCCCUUGUUAAUGAAGUUUUUUGUUCUGUUCUGCUACUUUUUGUACAUUUUGUUUUUAAGACUAUUACAAGUUUGCAUCUUCUUCACCUGCUGAAAGUCAGUUUGUUUUUCCCAGAGUUGAUUCCAUAGCUAUAUGUAGUCAAAUAUUGGGGCAACCUCUUAACACCUCAAUGUACGAACUCGGUAGUUCAGGCUGUGGUGCAAAGACUGAUGCAGUCAACAUGAUUUCAUUGCAAAGCCUAGGAACAGCAAUUCUUUGCUUUGGUCCAUAAAGAUCAAUAGAGAACAAUUCUCCAUAGUUUUUGGAAAAAGAACACCUAAUUUAUAACAAAAGAUUUUGGUAAACUUUUUCAUGCCAGAUGCUGUUUACAACAAUGAACAUGCCAAUAAAACAUUUGUUCAUUCUGUUGUGUUA